GGUAAUACACAACCUGGCGGUCUUCCUCCACUUGGUGGCUCUGGUGGUGAUGAUAAGAAAGAGGAUAAGGAUAAAGACAAAAAAAAGAAAUGGGAACCACCACUUCCCACUCGUGUUGGUAAAAAAAAAGAAGAGGACCCGAUGCGACUCUUUCCCACAACGCGGUGUCGAUUGAAACUAUUAAAAAUGGAGCGUAUAAAAGAUUACUUGUUAAUGGAGGAAGAAUUUGUUCAGAAUCAAGAGAGAUUAAAACCACAAGAGGAAAAAGCUCAAGAAGAAAGAACUCGCGUAGAUGAUUUACGUGGAUCCCCAAUGGGUGUUGGCUCCUUGGAGGAAAUCAUUGACGAUGAUCACGCGAUAGUUUCUUCUUCUACGGGUCCAGAAUAUUAUGUUAGCAUAUUAUCAUUUGUAGAUAAAGAUUUGUUGGAACCAGGAUGUUCAAUUUUGUUACAUCAUAAGGCAUUACUUCAAGAUGAUACAGAUCCGAUGGUUAGCGUUAUGAAACUUGAAAAAGCGCCUACAGAAUCAUAUGCAGAUAUUGGAGGUUUAGAACAACAAAUUCAAGAAAUCAAAGAAUCAGUAGAACUACCACUAACACAUCCAGAACUUUACGAAGAAAUGGGUAUAAAGCCACCAAAAGGAGUUAUCUUGUAUGGAGUCCCAGGAACAGGUAAAACACUUUUGGCUAAAGCUGUGGCGAAUCAAACAUCCGCAACAUUUUUGCGUGUAGUGGGAUCAGAAUUGAUUCAAAAAUAUCUUGGAGAUGGACCAAAACUUGUACGUGAAUUAUUUCGUGUUGCCGAAGAACACGCGCCUUCUAUUGUUUUCAUUGAUGAAAUUGAUGCUAUUGGAACUAAACGAUAUGAUUCUAAUUCGGGCGGAGAAAGAGAAAUUCAAAGAACCAUGUUAGAACUUCUAAACCAGUUAGACGGGUUUGAUUCUAGAGGAGAUGUAAAGGUUGUCAUGGCAACAAAUCGUAUUGAAUCAUUAGAUCCUGCACUAAUUCGACCAGGACGUAUUGAUCGAAAAAUAGAAUUUCCGCUUCCAGACGUAAAAACGAAACGUCGUAUUUUUAAUAUUCAUACCGGAAGAAUGACAUUGUCAGAGGAUGUGGAUCUUGAAGAAUUUGUAAUGUCUAAAGAUGAUUUGAGCGGAGCUGAUAUUAAGGCUAUAUGUACCGAAGCUGGUUUGUUGGCUCUACGGGAACGUCGUAUGAAAGUAAUCGCAGAAGAUCUUAGAAAAGCGCGAGAAAAAGUCCUUUAUCGUAAAUCUGAAGGCACACCCGAAGGACUUUACCUAUAA